CAGGGUGAUGAGAGCGUCAUCGAAUGCUCAGCACUUCAAGGUGAACCCUUAUCAUUAAAAUUGUCCUAUAACAUCAAUGGAACAACUGAUUCUUCUACAAAAGGUGAACCUACAAAUUGGAGAUUGUCUGGAAAUCAGGGCACUGAGUUUUUCCUCAAUUCGACGGCUUCGUUCAUAGAUGGGAUCGUCUAUUGUUCUGCUUUGCUAAAUAUCACUGGGGCGAUAAGCGAUGGUCUUUUAAAGUUCAGUCCCUUUGAACUGUACUAUCUCCUCAUGGCAAAUGGACCUACCGAUGCCAAUGGUGUGAAUAUCUCUAUGAUAGUCCCUGGCUUUGACACAGAUCCAUGUGGAUUAUCAAAAGGGUGUUUUUUGGCCACAAAUACAAAUACCGAUCCUACACCUAAUGGGGUUGCAGUUUCUUAUAGGGUGAUGAACAAUUCCUUCAUAUUCUUUGAGCUAGUAGCACCAAGUAGUUCAAAGACGGGAUCCUUUGUGGCUGUUUCGUUCUCCUCAAAUGGAAUUUUGUUUAACACUCCUUCAAUAGAAUGCUCAUCGCUAGGCACGGAUGCACUUUCAAUGAAAUUUUCCUACUACGAUGCAACCGGAACAAAUGUGCGGAUCCCAGGAGAAGAGAGCAUUCGACAGACGUAUAUUACUCAAGAAACCGCAGUUUUUCAAGAUGGUCAAAUUUACUGUUCAGCUUUGGUAAACUCACAAGGAUCAUCAGUAAGCGAUGAGGCUACUUUUGACGCUUCUACCUGCAAUGUUGAUAAAAGCUGUGUUUUACCCGAUCAAUGUUAUCGUGGAUGUAACGGAAUGGGUGUUUCAUAUGAAAUUCUGGCAAAUUCUAUUAUGAAGAUUGAACUAUUUUCUGUGCUAAAUGCGAAUAAUCAGUACAUUGCCGUAGGAUUUUCAGACGAUGACAAAAUGGGCAACGAUUAUGUGAUUGAGUGCUCAGCACUUCCAAAUCAAAGAUACAGUUUGAAAUUUUCGUACAACGACAACUCACCUGCCAACGUACGCAUUCCCAGUGAAGAAACUAUCUCAUCAUCUUAUUUUACCCAAAGCAAUAUCAUUGCAUUUGAUGGUGAACUCUAUUGCUCAGCUCUCGUAAAUGUGUCAGGAUGGAGCCAGAGUAAGGAGGUCUUCACUUAUAACCCAUCCCAAGCAUACUACCUUUUGCUUGCCAGUGGCUUUACGAAUGAUCAAGGUCUUGAUAUACAUAAACACACAUUCGUUUCAACUCCUCGCUUCCUGAACGGUGACGACAUCUCUUCGAAUAACUUUGACUACGCCACUUGCGGGACUAAGAAGGGAUGCUUUAUAUCCAACAAGGCUAAUGCUAUGGCAGCGUCCUAUCAGGUAAGAUAA